GCCGGCCUGAUUGACAUCUGACUACCAAAUUCCCCCAAUUCCGCCCUUGUCUUGUCUCUCGCCGGCAGACGUCGACGGAGCUUCGUCCACUCCUCCCACACACACAAACGCACAACACGGGCAGUGCAGCAAACGCAGCAUUCUCGGUGUCUGCUCACCCGUUUUCUGCACUUGCACUUGCGCUUGCACCUGCACCUGCACCUGCACCCUCCGCUCCGACCACCGCGCAUGUCGGCAAAGCGUUGCUGACCACGGCUGCCGUCAAGGCCCCUCCCUCCCUCAAUCCCGUUCCGAAGGGAACCUGACCGCCGCAUCGCCGUCGAAAUCUUCCUCCCACGGCACGCCCAAGCAUCAUUCGCUACUCACGACCACCACCAUGGCCGACGAGCUCGACUCGCUCGUCAAGGGCGCCCCGCCUCCCGGUAAGGAGAUGAAGGCCGCCGUCGGCACCACCGGCGUUGUCCCCGACUCGGGCAAGCAGGGCGACCCCUUGAGCCACACCCCGAGCUCCCCGUCCAUGAUUUACCUGAACCUCCUCAUCCUUGAGGCUUCCCUGCGCGCCCAGUACCUCGAGCUGCGCGCCCGCCGCCGCCAUCACACCUUCUUCUUCACUCUGCUGACCGCUUGGAUAAGCGGCUUUGGCUACGCCCUCUUCUUCGCCCCGCGCGAGGACGGCCGCGGCAUCGGCGGCUCCGUUUACUGGGGCGUCGAGACAUUCGAGAAAAUCUGCUUCAUGGGCGGUGUCAUGACCGCCAUACUGGUCUGGGCUACGGGCAUCUGGGAACGGGGCAUACGUUGGCCACGACGUUGGUUCGCCAUCUCCAACAGAGGACUCCGAGGCUUCAACGCCAAGCUGGUUAUUAUCCGACGACCCUGGUGGGCCGAGUUUCUCUCCACCAUUGGCUUCUUCCUGACAUAUGGCCUCUUCUCCCAUACCGCGAGCUCCUCCUACCGCUACGUCGAACCUUCCACCCUGCGCGAGGUCGAGAAGGAGCUGAACCUCACCGCCGAGAACCAUCCAACGCUACCCGUCCUGGUCGAAGACGAAGAAAAAGGCGGCCACGAGGAGGACCUAGCCCCCGGCGGCGACUACGUCAAGCUGCUCCUGCUGGCCAAGCCCUUCACCCCGACAUUCCGAGAAAACUGGGAGAUCUACCGCACCGAAUACUGGGAGAAGGAGAACGAGCGCCGCGCCAUCAUCCAGAAGAAGCUCGCUGCCCGCGACCGCCAAGUCGCCAAACAGCGCUGGGGCAUCUUCUGGUGGCUGCCUUGGCAUCGCAUCGACCGCUCCGGCCCCGCCCCCGUCCGCCACCAACACGUCCCGGAGAAGACGACGAUCCACCCCCGUGCCGCCGCCAUCGAGCGCGAGCAUCGACGCCGCAGUAGCAGUACCAGUGUCCAUCGUCGCAGCUCCACGAGCUCCAACCGUAGCCUGGCGCCCUCCGUCGCUGCUACGAGCGACGACGGCGACGGCACCGUCAGUAGGAAGGCGAGCACCGGUUCCAACGCGUCGGACAAGAGGAGGAAGAAGAUGGCAUCCGUGUCCAAGUCGAAGCGUCCGAAUAUCGAGUCGAGAUCCGUCACACCCGAGAUUCCCUCGCCCCUGGCCAGGGAGAGCAACGCCAGUCGCGGCGAAACUGGUUCCGGCGCCGAGUCGGUGGCAGAAAGGUCGCUGAGACAUUCGUCGUCCAAGGCCAGCAUCAGUUCCUCCACCCAUUCCCCGCGAGAGAAGCAGCGUAAGGUCGGCGAGGCAUGACACGAUGGCAUGGGUUUAUAGUGUAUUUCUACGACGCGACCAAGCGAAGAGACGAUAAAUGAUGACAGCAUGCGUUGCCCACCACCGGUGAUUUUCCUUUGAGUGCUGAUGAUGAGCAAAGUUGCCCAUGAUGGCUGAAAAGAUAUCAGAAGAACGCGAAGGAUGCAUCAAGCAAGACGCUGCUCACGUCUUUGACUCAGUCAUAAUGAAGUUUGUAUUUUGUCAUGAACUAACUGCACUUGAACCAUACCGACAUUCCUCCAUUUAAAGCAGCAAAGAGGCUGAAGCCGAAGCCCCAGUUACAUUCAUUUCUUGUAAUCGACAGGCUGCUUUUCUGUAGGUACGGCGAGCCGGCCACAUGCGAUACCAAUACAUUAUCAUUAGGGCGAUACCU